AUGGUCGCCAUAGAAACAGCUGUGGAACAUGUCACCCUGAAGAAACCAGCCCUAGUCGAUCAGGUAGUGCACAUUCUCACUGACUGUCAAAGUGCUGUCAUGGCCAUGACCAGUUCUCUCCACUCUUCAUCGUUCCCAGAGGUUGUGUCUCGCACUAAUAAAAACAUCACUCUUCUAAGAAGUAGAGGCACUACUGUCACCAUCACAUGGAUCGCUGGGCAUGCAAAUAUCAUGGGAAAUGAACUUGCUGACCAACUAGCCAAGGAUGCUGCUUUGGAAGCUGCAAGCUCAUCAUCAUUAGCUUCUGCAAUUACUCUGCACAAGGAAAGUGCCAAGAUUAUCCGUAAGAACACUGAGAAGCUGUGGCAACGACGAUGGGACAGAUCUACAAAAGGAAGAUGGACAUACCAACUCCAGCCCACAGUUGCCAGGAAGAAUGCACACAGCUCUCUUCCAAGAUCCACAGAAGUGAAGCUGAUGAGGAUGCUCACAGGACAUACCAAACUCAAUGACAAUAUGCACAGAAUUUUCCCUCACAACCACCCUUCACCUAACUGCAGUUGCAACAGAGACAGGGAAACUAUAGAGCAUGUCCUUCUCCACUGUUCACUCUAUGAGUCCAGUAGACUGAAGAUUAAGCUUUUUCGGUAUACCGGUAUUAGUAAUACCGUUCGGUAUGAACGGCAUACCGGUAUGGAUACCGCCGUUAAAAUUUCAAUACCGAAAUACCGUCAUACCAAAAGUUGA